AUGUCCCUUCAAAUUAACUCUGUCCUCAUUGCUGAUGAUAUCGAACAAGAAUGUGUUGAUAUUUUGCAGAAUAAUGGAAUUAAGGUUGGUCCAAAAAUUCUUCGAAAUUCUAUUUAUCUUUAAAUUUCAGGUGACUGUUCAAACAAAACAAACAAAGGAACAACUUCUUGUUUCUCUUCCACAACACGAUGCUGUUAUUGUUCGAAGUGCUACAAAGGUAAAAUUUGGAACUGAGUUGUGAGCCAAACUGAAAAUUUCCAGAUCACUGCUGAUUUGUUGAACGCAUCUGCUGGAAAAUUAAAACUUGUCGGAAGAGCUGGAACUGGAGUUGAUAAUAUUGAUGUGCCAGCUGCAACUCAGAAUAAAGUCUUGGUUAUGAACACUCCACGUAAGUACACUAGAUAAUUCCACUCCAUGAUUGAGUCCCGAUUCCUCAAUUUUCUUUUCAGAAGCGAAUUCUCGCUCGGCCGCGGAAUUGACUUGCACAUUAAUCUUAUCAUUAGCUCGACAUGUUCCACAAGCAGCUGCUUCACUUCGAAAUGGAAAAUGGGCACGAAAAGAUUAUAUGGGAGAGGAGGUUUAUGGCAGAACUUUGGCUGUUCUUGGUUUGGGAAGAAUUGGUUCAGAAGUUGCUGUUAGAUUGCAAGCUUUUGGGAUGAGAGUUGUUGGAUAUGAUCCAAUUGUGACGAAAGAGCAAGCGGCGGCGAAGAAUAUCGAAUUAUUGAGUUUGGAAGAAAUUUGGCCACAAGCUGAUUAUAUUACUGUACAUGUUCCAUUGAUUAAACAAACUGAGAAUUUGAUCAAUAAAGAAAGUGAGUUGUGUGAAAAUUGUUUAGAUUUUGGAAAUUUUAAAAAAUUUUGAAAAUUGUCUAAUUCUUGAGUUUCAAACAAUUUUUUUUCAAGUGAAAAAUUUAUUUGAAAAUUUUCUAUUGUCGAAUUAAAAAAUGUGGCAACUGUAAAAAAUAAAAACGAGUGCAGAGGUGACUUCGUCAGUCGCGCGCGGUUCUGCGUCGCGGUCGGAAAAGAAAGGAAAAAUUGGUUAUUGAUCGUUUUCCGACCGCGACGCAGAGCCGCGCGCGACUGACGAAGUAAUGACUUUGUCAUUCAUUCACCUCUGCACUCGUUUUUAUUUUUCACAGUUUCCACAUUUCGACAAUACCUUCAAAAAUUAAAAUCAACAUUUUUUUCAAAAAGGUUCGGAUCAGAGAUUCUAAAUACCCCACCCCACCCCAAUUCUUCCUCUUCCAAACAAUUCAAAUCAAAAAAUGUUUCCAGCUCUGGCGAAAUGCAAAAAAGGAGUUCGAAUCGUCAAUGUCGCAAGAGGUGGAAUUGUAAACGAAGUCGAUUUGGUCGAAAGUUUGAACGCCGGACACGCAAAAGGCGCCGCCUUCGAUGUUUUCGAACAAGAACCACCAACCUAUCGCGAACUCAUUGAACAUCCAGCUGUCAUUAGCACACCACAUUUGGGCGCGUCCACAAUCGACGCUCAACUUCGUGUUGCCUCAGAAAUUGCCGAGAAUAUUGUGCAAUUGAAUAAGGGAACUGUUUUGGGUGUUCUCAAUGCCAAGGAAAUUCUUUGA